AUGGAGUCUGUCAAGAAGACAUAUAACGAGCAGUACGAGAAGUGGGUGCCUUGGCUCGAGGACAUGUUUCUGAGUUAUUUUACCAAGGACAACAAAGCAAGUUACACAACCAAGGACAACCUGUCUAAGACAAAGGUCACGGGUGUGAAGCAAGUCGAUACCCUUCAAGAUGGCAUCAACAACACGGUCGGCGAUCAGCUUGGAAAAGACGGUCUGGCACGCCCUGUCGGCGACAUAGUGUCCAAGGAGGGGCUUAACCGUUUCGAGCGCAAGGGCAAGGACGAGGACGGCAACUACGACUCCACGGGUGUGACUGGGAAGUUAUCGCAGGGUGGAAGUGCUGUUGCGGGCGGUGUUGUAGACGGGGGAAAGGCUGUCGGCGGUGCAGUCGGAGGUCUUUUUGGCGGCGGUGAUGCGAAGAAAGUGGACCAGUAG